CUGUCUGUCCUUUGGUCCCUUCGAGUGACCCUGCGGCAUCUCCCCAGCCCACCCCCCACCUGUUCCUGGCAGGCUCGGCCUCUGUUUCCACUAUCCAGGGUUACAGCUCAGGCUUCCCUGGGUCUCGGGAUGUCUGACCGAGAAGACGGGGGGAGACCUCGGCGAGGGAACCGGGUGUGGGGCGCACAGGCUCACGGUUUGCAGUUGCUGGAGCGUCUCCAGGACGGGGCAACCACCAGGCCGGUGGCAGAGCCGAUCUACAGUUUUAGUCAGAAAGAGAUUCAGAGAGAGGACUCCAGAGACUCGGAGUCCUCCAGAGGCCCUGAGACAGAAACUCGCCAUAACUCCGAAACACAGGGAAACAGACCCAAAGGGGAGCCCCCCCCCCCCCCGGAAACCCAGGGACAGAGAGACACAGAGUCCUAAGAGAUUAUGAGAAGAGACUCCGACGGAGGGGGGAGACAGAUAGCAAGGGAGAUAGCGAUAGACAGACACACCCCUAAGAUACAAGCGUCAAAGACGGAGAUCCAGACAGACCAAGAUACAGAUUACUGACAGAGACCCCCAAGCACUGAGUCUUCAGAGAUAACUGACCCACUGAGAUACUCAGAGAUACACCCCUUGACAGACACCCAAAAUGAAGACAUAGCCAGACGCAGAGAUGUAGAAGAUAACAGAAGGAAAGACGUGGAAGUUUGUGACUUCAGCACAGGGGCUGGGCAAUUCACAAAAAGAGACGAGAGACACACACGGCAACCCGGAGAGACGAGGGAUAGAGGUCCCGGACGAGAGCGAAACCCAGGGAACGGGGACCCGAAAGCGGAUGCGCGCGGAGAACGCAAGCUCAGCGCGGCGGCGGCUGGGGGGGAGGGCGGGCGCCCCGGCAGAGGGCGCGCGGCCGCCCUCUGCCCCUCCAGGGUCAGGCGCCCCCUCCCCCGCGCCCUGGCCGGACGGCCGGGCUAUUUUUACGCGUGGACACCGGACACCAGCCUGGGGCGGCGGCGGCGGCGGCGGCGGCCGAGGCGGGGCCGGGCCGGGUCGGGCGUCGGGGCCACACGUCCGUCCGCGGGUCGCCGGGGCUGCGCGCGCCAUGGAGCCGCGGUGCCCGCCGCCGUGCGGCUGCUGCGAGCGGCUGGUGCUCAACGUGGCCGGGCUGCGCUUCGAGACGCGGGCGCGGACGCUGGGCCGCUUCCCGGACACGCUGCUAGGGGACCCGGCGCGCCGGGGCCGCUUCUACGACUGCGCGCGCCGCGAGUACUUCUUUGACCGGCACCGGCCCAGCUUCGACGCGGUGCUCUACUACUACCAGUCCGGCGGGCGGCUGCGGCGGCCGGCGCACGUGCCGCUCGACGUCUUCCUGGAGGAGGUGGCCUUUUACGGGCUGGGCGCGGCGGCGCUCGCGCGCCUGCGCGAGGACGAGGGCUGCCCCUUGCCGCCCGAGCGCCCCCUGCCCCGCCGCGCCUUCGCGCGCCAGCUCUGGCUGCUCUUCGAGUUCCCCGAGAGUUCGCAGGCCGCGCGCGUGCUCGCCGUCGUCUCCGUGCUCGUCAUCCUCGUCUCCAUCGUCGUCUUCUGCCUCGAGACGCUGCCCGACUUCCGCAACGACCGCGACAACCCGGGGCUCGCUGCGGUGGCGGCUGCCGGCCCGUUCCCUGCUCGGCUGAAUGGCUCCAGCCCAGUGCCUGGAACCCUGUCUCGCAUGCCCUUCGAUGACCCGUUCUUUAUGGUGGAGACGUUGUGCAUCUGUUGGUUCUCCUUUGAGCUACUGGUGCGCCUGGCGACCUGCCCAAGCAAGGCGGCCUUUUUCAAGAACGUGAUGAACCUCAUCGAUUUCGUGGCCAUCCUCCCCUACUUUGUGGCGCUAGGCACCGAGCUAGCCAGGCAACGGGGCGUGGGCCAGCCGGCCAUGUCACUGGCCAUACUACGAGUUAUCCGACUGGUGCGCGUCUUCCGGAUCUUCAAGCUGUCCCGGCACUCAAAGGGCCUGCAGAUCUUGGGCCAGACACUACGGGCCUCCAUGCGUGAGCUGGGUCUCCUCAUCUUCUUCCUCUUCAUCGGUGUGGUUCUCUUCUCCAGCGCGGUCUACUUUGCGGAGGCCGACCGGGAAGAUUCCCAUUUCACCAGCAUCCCUGAGUCCUUUUGGUGGGCGGUGGUCACCAUGACCACAGUCGGCUAUGGAGACAUGGCACCCGUCACUGUGGGUGGCAAGAUAGUGGGCUCUCUGUGCGCCAUCGCUGGUGUGCUGACCAUUUCCCUGCCUGUGCCGGUCAUUGUCUCCAACUUCAGCUACUUUUACCACCGGGAGACAGAGGGCGAAGAGGCCGGAAUGUACAGCCAUGUGGACACGCAGCCCUGUGGCCCACUGGAGGGCAAGGUCAAUGGGGGGUUGGUGGACGGAGAGAUGCCUGAGCUACCACCUCCACUCUGGGCCCCCCCUGGGAAACACAUGGUCACCGAAGUGUGAGGGACUGUGGAGGUCAGCAGGACCUCACGUUUCCU